UCCAUAUACAGAGAAAGUCCAGUGGCGGAGCGUGGAAUCUCCUACUGUGAGAGCGGUUCUCCUCCGGGUGCUGAGCAAAAAGCAGAACAUUAUUCAUCAUGAACACAGACAAACAUCCUGAAUUUACCGCCCCAGAGGGAAACGGGAUGAAUGGUAGCAGUGAUGUCGCAGAUGUGAAGCCACAGGAGGAGGAAGACGAGAGGGAGGAUAACUCAUUCAGUGAGAAUGGAAUGCAGUGUGCUGAAGGUGUGACAGAUCCUUGUGUGAUAAAAACUGAGGCAGAGGAGAUGGAAGAGAACGAGCAGUACCCCAAGGCUGAAAAAGAAGGAGAGAUUGUGCCAAAAGAGGAGGCAGAGGGGGCCAGUGAGGACGGGAUGGAGGAAGGAUUCGAUGAUCAGAGGACAGAGGAGGAUGAGGAGGAGAGGGACGGGGAGGGGGAUGAAGAGGGUGAUACCCUGAAUGAGCCACAGGACCUGUCACUGAUGGACUACUCCCGUUAUGACAGCACGGCCCCACAAGACGCCCACGCAGCAGCGGCGGCUGGUGCAGAAGGGACUUAUGCCUCUGGAGCCAUGGUCCCCCGCAUCCAGGCAUCAGGCAAGCUCAACUGUGACAUCUGUGGCCUGUCCUGCGUCAGCAUUAACGUACUGCUGGUGCACAAGCGCAGCCACACGGGUGAGAGGCCAUUCCACUGCACUCAGUGCGGGGCCUCCUUCACGCAGAAGGGAAAUCUUCUUCGCCACAUCAAACUGCACUCCGGGGAAAAGCCUUUCAAAUGCCCGAUGUGCAGCUAUGCCUGCCGUCGACGCGAUGCCCUGAGCGGGCACCUGCGCACCCAUUCUGUAGAGAAGCCCUUCAAGUGCAACCACUGCAGUCGCAGCUACAAGCAGCGAAGCUCCCUCGAAGAGCACAGAGAGAGGUGCCAUGUGUACAUUCAGAGCAAAGGUCCCGCUGAGAGAGAGGACAGCCAGACAUCCAGGACUCAGAUGGGCACUGAGCGUGCUCUGCUGCUCGACAGGCUCGCCAGCAACGUCGCCAAACGGAAGAGCACAAUGCCACAGAAGUUCACCGGCGACAAUGGUGUCUGUCUGGACUUGAGCUUUAACAGGGAGCUGGUCCACCGAACUGACCACAAGGACCCUCCAACAGGCUCCCCAGGGCCCGACUCCCACCAUCAGCCCAUCCUCACAGGGCCAGACAGCGACCCAGCUCCCUCCCACAGGCCCUACCCUGUCCCGUUAAACCGCAGCGACAUCAGCCCCAUGGGCCUCACCAACGGCCACAAGAUGGGCAUGCCACUCCUGGGCCUCCCUCACACCGCCCAGACACCCGUCAGCAUGGACUCGUUCCACGCUGACGGCUCCCAGAUGUCCCAGCCCGUCAUGUACAGCUUAGGGCACCUGCUGGGAGGGCUGAACCACCAGAAUGGCAUCCCUCACCCGCACGCCCAGCCCAUCCCCUUGUCACCUCUAGAUGCUUUACGGUUGGUGCGGGCCGACGGCGAGGCCGCUGCGGUGCAGGGGGCAGUGUACCCCUGUGGCCACUGCAGGGUGAUCUUCCUGGACUAUGUCAUGUUCACCAUCCACAUGGGGUGCCACGGCUUUCGUGACCCACUUGAGUGUAACGUAUGUGGCCACCGCAGCCGGGACCGUUACGAGUUCUCCUCCCACAUAGCCCGUGGCGAGCACCGCCUAGAACUAAAGUAGCUUUCAUUCAUGCAGUAGUUCAUGCUUACACACACACACAAACACACACACACGCUCAGACAGAUAACAGUGUAUAAGUACACACACAGAUUUACUCAUAUAUGUAGCUGGUAGUAUCAGAAAUGAAAGCAUGAAGUGGCAGCUAUCUCUCUGUCUGUGUGUGUGUGUGUAUGUGUGUGUGUGUGUGUGUGCGCGUGCGUGUGUGUGUUUGUGUGUGUGUGUGUGUGUGUGUGUAAGCGAGAGGGAUUGAGAGAGACGUUAUAAGAGUGUGACGGGUGUCGAGUGUUCUUAGUCAUACUGUACUCAUCUGAAAAGAUGGUCUGUAAAGUGUUUAUGAGGGAGUAAUUCAGUAACAUUUGUACUUAAUGAUCCCUGCUGUAGCCACUGUUUAUAUCAUAUAGCCAUAUGCCAUAUAUAUACAUGUUCAACAAAGUACCAAAAAUGAAUGCAUUUAUUGUGUAACUGCUGUAUUUUUUUCCUGCUACCUGUGUAAAGGUGUAAAAAUAAAAGAGAAGUUCAUUUUUC